AUGUACGCGGCCGCCAGCCCCGAGCCUCCCGAGUCGCGUUCCAAAGAGCGAACGCCCGGGGAUGGCCGGCCCGGGGCGGGUGAGGGGCGCUCGGGGGCCGUUGCUGGCCCCGGGCCGAGCGCUGACAGCCGCGUCCCGCCCGCAGGGAAGGCGCAGGAGGCCCUGCAGGAGCGGUACCUGCUGGGUUCGCUGCUGGGGCGCGGCGGCUUCGGCAGCGUCUUCGCGGCCACGCGGCUCUCGGACGGCGCCCCGGUGGCCAUCAAACGCGUGCCGCGGGAUCACAUCCGGCACUGGGGCGAGCUGCCCGACGGCACCAGCUCGCCCCUGGAGAUCGUGCUGCUGGCCAAGGUGUCCUGUGGCUGUGCCAGUGUCAUUCAGCUCCUGGAGUGGCUUGAGCUGCUGCUGAUGCUGGAGCAUCGGGAGCCAUGCCAGAAGCUCUCGGGUUUCCUGGCAGAGUGGGGGUUCCUGCCGGAGGAGGAGGCACGGGAGCUGUUCCGCCAGGUGCUGGAGGCUGUGCAGCACUGCACCAGCUCCGGGGUCCUGCACGGGGACAUCAAGCCCGAGAACUUCCUGCUCGACCUGGCCAGCGGGCAGCUGAAACUCAACGACUUUGGCUGUGGCACCUUUCUCCAAGACACAGCCUACACCCAGUUUGCAGGAACCCUGUCCUACAGCCCACUAGAGUGGAUCCAGCACCAACACUACCAUGGCGAGGCAGCAAUGAUCUGGUUCCUGGGCCUCCUGCUGUGCCACCUGGUCAUGGGGAAGCACCCAUUCAGGAGGGGCCAGGAGGUCAUCUGGGGGCGGAUCUUGUUCCCACGAUGGCUCUCUCAAGAGCACCAGGAUAUCAUUAAGAGGUGUUUGUCCAUGCAACCCUCGGACAGGCUAUCCUUUGAAGAGCUUUUCUGUCAUCCUUGGGUGCUGGGUGUUCCUCUGCCCUAG